AUGGCGCCGCACGAAUUGGGAUCGGCCUGGAGCCAUGAUUCGUACAAUGCUAUGCAGUACCUGCGCGCCCGCACGGCUUACCCACCGACGAUGACCGAGACCACCUUCGACUAUCACGAACAGGGGGACAGCAAAUCGAACCGAGCCGAUCAAUGGCAGUCGGCCUUGGAGAUUGGAUGCGGACCGGGCCAGAUGUCGGUACACCUUGCCACCCGCUUCUCCAGGGUCUAUGGACAGGACCCGUCGCCCAACAUGCUCAAGCUGGCGAACACGGUCAAGCACAUGUCGGCCGAAGAGCUGGCCGAGGUCGGCCUGCCUCCUGUUCAGGAUCCGACGCGGAUCGAGUAUCUUGAGGCCAAGGGGGAGGAUCCUGUGCUACCGCCGGGCGAAAAGGUGAACCUGAUCAUGAUGGCCGCCUGCAUCCAUUGGAUGGAUUGGGAGACGCCCGGAUCGACCAAUGCCAACUGGACCAAGUGGGCGUCGUUACUCAAACCAGGUGGCAGCCUCAUCGUCAUGGGCGGAAGACCGGUCAUCGGACCCUACUUGGGUGAAAGGGGAGAACAGCUUCGCCCGCUUCGAGACUGGCUGCUCGACUUCCCGCUCAACCAUCCCGAGAUCGAUCGGUACUACGGCACCACCAAAUUCAUCCAGGAGCUGCGCACUGGUGGGCUGUAUCGCAAGCUGCCCAUGCCCUGGGACCACAGCCCCGAGCUCGAAGCGCUGUGGGACCGCGACUCGUACUGCUGGAUCCCCAUCGACGACUGCACCGUGCUGGGCGAGCAAGCCACCUCGGCCGAGCUGUGCAAGAUCGACGACCCUGAACGCUUUGCCGAGGCGAUCAACAACUUGCCGCACUGGAUCCGACCCAGUGUGCGUCGUGCCGCCCAGUGUGAUAACUCGGAAGGCGACUUGGUUGUGUCGAUGACCACGCCUCGAAAGAUGGCGGAUUGGGUCAGGUCUACCUCGGGCUAUCUCAAGUUUUUGCAGGACCACCCGGAACAGCGCAAGCUUAGCCUUCAGGACGGUGAUUUUGCCGCGGUCGAGUUGCAGAAGGUGUGCAACUCGAUCGGGAUUGACUUUGACGAAGAGAUCGAGUGUCAUCACUCGGGCGGUGUGCUUUGCAUUCGACGUACCGACAAAGAGUGUUGA